ACCAAAAUUUUAAAUGAGUUAUUUUUCUGAUGAUUCUGAAAUGAGGUGAUUGAAGACGGAACAUUACAUGUCAUCUAUUGACGAAGGGCCUUAAUUUGCAUUGGAUUUAGCAUCAAUGAGAUCAUGAAUGGAUGGCAAUGAUGAUUUCUUUAUGGGCAGAUGUAUAAAUUAAGGCUAAGUUGGAAGUUUGGCAUAGGGGUUCCUCUCUGCAGGCGCUAUUUUCAAGUCCAACCUUAAAUGUGGUCAGGUGUGGGCAGUCCAUGGAGAUCUAAACAGCAAGAUCGAUAGUGGGAUCUGAUGCGUUUUCCAAGCCUCUUUCCCUGAAUUUGGAUCCUCAUCAGCAUCUCUCUCUCUCCGUUUCUUCAAUCAGGAAUGACUGAUCUAGCUGGUGGGGCUGCAGGUGAGAUAUAUAAAGAUGGGAAACGCGUAGCGACUUUUGCCUUUAGCAAUAUUCUUUAUCUGAGGGAUCUGAGCAGAAACUCUAAAAAGUUAACUCAGGAAGCCACGAAUCUCAAGGAAACGAGGAAAUACCUAGAAAUAAGAAGAUUUAAGACACAGUCAGGCAUAAGAGAUUGGAUUGCUACGGCUUCGAUUAUUUUAAGGCAAGUGGAACGCCUAGAAACUAAAUACAACAAUGAAAAGAAGCAUCGAUGGAAAUUGUUUUCCCUUGCAAAUCUUAGCAAAGAGAUGGAAGUGAAGUGCCAAGAAGUUUGUAGUCAUAGGGAAAAGGGAGUCUUCAUGAAAGAAACAGCAGUCAUGGAAUUGCCAGAGCCUGUCCAAAGAAUACCUACACUCAAACUGGAAGAAAACUCGUCAUUGCACAAAGUUUUACAACAUGUACUGAGGUGUCUAGAGGAUAAAGAAGUAAGAAGAAUUGGUAUCUGGGGCAAGCUGGGAACUGGGAAAACCACAGUAUUGAAGAACUUGAAUAAUCAUGCAAAAGUUGCUGAAAUGUUUAAUGUGGUUAUCUAUGUAACUGUCUCAAAAAAGUGGAGUGAAAAAAGGGUACAAGAUGCAAUCCUAAGGCGGCUAAAAUUGGAUGUAGUAGGUAAUGCCAAUGUUAACGAAGCUGCUUGGCUAAUAUCCGAAGAUUUGAAGGAAAGGAAGUGUUUGAUUCUUUUGGAUGAAGUAACGGACAUGAUUGAUCUAAAUAGAAUAAUGGGAAUCGACGAGAACCCAGAUAGCAAGGUAGUGUUGGUGAGUAGAUAUGAUGACUUUUGUAAAUGUGUCAUGAAGGCUGAUGAGCUAGUUAAUGUGAAGCCAUUGUUACGUACUGAAGCUUGGAACAUGUUCCAGAAAAUAGUAGGCCCUUCCAUUUCUAACCCCUUAAUUGAACCACUGGCGAGGGGUGUGGUUAAUGAGUGUUAUGAGUUGCCACUGCUGAUAGACAGAGUGGCAAAAACCUUCAAAAAGAAUGGGGAGGAUUCUGUGCUUUGGGAUUAUGGAUUGGAACAGUUGAAAAGAUGGGACAGUAUCAAAAUCUAUGGCAAGGAUGAAGUGCUGGAACGCUUACAGAUUUGUUAUGAUGAUUUGGAAGAUGAUGAACAGAAGGUUUGCUUUUUGUAUGGUGCAUUGCAUCCCCAAGAAAGUGAGAUAUAUGUAGAUUACUUGUUAGAAUGUUGGAAAGCUGGAGGUUUUAUUAAACAUGCAAAUGAUUUCAGAAGUGCACGCAACAGAGGGCAUACGGUGCUGAAUGAGCUUAUCAAGGUAUCUUUGCUGGAGAGAAGUGCUAACAGGAAAUGUGUUAAGAUGAAUAAAAUGCUUCGGAAAAUGGCGCUUAAGAUCUCAUCAAAAAGAACAGAUUCCAAAUUUUUAGUGAAGCCACACGAGGGGUUAGAAGAUUUCUCAAAGAAGGAAGAAUGGGAACAAGCCCAUCGGAUUUCUUUGAUGAAUGACCAACUACGCACUUUACCAGAAACACUAGAUUGUCGCAAUCUGUUAACGUUGUUGCUUCAAAGAAAUAAGUGCUUGACUUCUAUUCCUGAGUUGUUCUUCAAAUCUAUGUGUCGUCUCCAAAUUCUAGAUCUCCAUGGCACUAACAUUGUAGUACUGCCUUCAUCCUUAUCCAACUUGAUUUACCUCAAAGGGCUCUAUUUAAAUUCCUGCUCUGAGUUGAAAGAAAUCCGAUCUAGUGUAGAAGCACUUGAGCAUCUUGAGGUGUUGGAUAUUCGAAAGACCAAACUUAAGUUACUUCAAAUUGGAAGUUUAGUAUGGUUGAAGUGUUUGCGAUUAUCAUUGUGUAAUUUUGAUGUGGCAAACUAUACUGAAGCACAAGUGUCAAGGUUUGAUUUGUUGGAGGAAUUGACUAUUGAUGUUGGUUCAUUGGAAGAAGGGUGGGACAAGAUUGUAGAUCCAGUAAUAAAGGAGAUAGUUAAGUUGAAAAAAUUGACCUUUCUUAGAUUUUGUUUCCCUCAAGUAGACUGCCUUGGCUUAUUUGUUGAAAAAAGCCCUGUGUGGGAGGAUCCCCGCUUGAUAUUUCAUUUUGCUGUUGGUUACCAUGACUCCGCCGUUGCUCAUGCUCUUGAGUCUAUCGAUAAUCCAAGCUACAAGAUCUUGAAGUUGGCCAAUGGUGAUGGUGUAAAUCCUAUAGUCAUGAAGGUGCUAACGAAAACCAAUGCAUUGGGACUAAUAGACUACAAAGGAGUUUCGAGUCUAUCGGAUUUUGGCAUCGAGAAUAUGAAUAUGAUAUUUGAUUGUUUGAUUGAAGGAUGCAGUGGAAUGAAGACCAUCACCUAUGGUAAUGGAACAUCAAAGGCUGUGCUAGAAUGGUUGAAAAAUUUGCACAUAACCAAUGUCCCAGAAUUGGAAAACAUUUGGCAGGGGCCUGUUCAUGCUGGAAGUUUGGCUCGAUUAACAACUGUGACAUUAAGUAAUUGCCCCAAGUUGAUGAAGAUAUUCUCUAAUGGUAUGAUUCAACAACUUAUUCAACUGACGCACUUGAGAGUUGAAGAAUGCCAUCAAAUUGAAGAGAUUAUCAUGGAAUUUGAGAAUACACAACUAGAAAACCAAGCACUUCCAAAGUUGGAGACCCUAAAACUCAUUCAUCUGCCACAACUAACAAGCAUUUGGGCUAAAGAUUCAUUAGAGUGGCCAUCUUUACAAGAAGUUGAGAUAUCUAAGUGUUUCAAGUUGAAGAGUUUACCUUUCAACAAGGUAAAUGCAACCAAAUUGAGAUCCAUUGAAGGGCAACAAUCAUGGUGGGAAGCACUAGAAUGGAAAGGUGAUGCCAUUAAACAAAGAUUACAACCUCUUUUCAUCCCCAACCAGCUCCUUUGAUUUCAUCUCUUAUGCGUUUUAUUGUAAAGCUAAUCAGGAUAGUUGCUGCUGCUGAGACAAAGUAAGUUUGUGUGCAGGAUUCAAAAACUCUGGCUUGCACUUGCUUGAGAUUUACUAUUUUUUUCUUGUAUUUGUUUGAGAUUUGAUACUUUGGGUUGUGUUUGUUUAAGAUUUGCUACUUCAUAUUGUAUUUGUGUAUGAUUGCUUGUUGUUUGGUUGUUGUA